CCAACACCAUCGGAAUCCUCUCUCUCUCUCUCUCUCUCUCUCUCUCUCUCUCUCUAGGAAAAUCACUUUUUCUCUCUCCUCGGGAAAGGCCGAGAAUCGGUGGUUUCGCAGGGAUUUACGACGCCAUGAAACCCUUGAGCUCAUUAUCAUCAUCACCAUUACACUGCAAUGCACCAAUGCCAACACCACCAUCAUCAUCUCUCAUACCUCCUCUCUUCAUCUUCCACCCUCUCACUCCCCUAGUCUAGUCCCUUCACACACACAACCCAUCUCUCUCUCUCUCUCUCUCUCUCUCUCUCUCUCUAUAUAUAUAUAUGUAUAUAUUUACACACCCAUUUUGCAUUGCAGCUUUAGCAUUUAGGUUGUCCGUACAAUGGAGUCUCUGGGUUCUUCUCAUUUCUAGCUCUUUUGCUUGUUAGGGUUUGUUACUAGUUGUAGAGACAGUGUUGAAUGUCUAGGGCUUCUGGGUUUGUGUUUAGACUCGUCUUUUUAUUUAUUUUGUUCAAGCUUCUCUUAGGGUUUUAUAUAUAACCAUGUCUUGGGCUGACUCUGUUGCCGACCCAUACGCAAGACCGAUUCGAUCUUCUUGGCGUACCUACGUCCCUCCCCAUCUCAGACCCAACACCGACAAUGCUGUUUUUGGGAACUCCAAUCACUUUGGCUCGUCUUCUUCUGCUAACCGGUUCGACCGGUCUGGUCGAGCCGGUUCGAGCCGCGGCCGUGGUCGCGGUGGCGGUUUCCGUGGCCGUGGCCGAUCGUGGGGUCGACAGACUCAAUUCCAUGACGCCCCGAAUUCAGACCCAUUUGAUAUUGUUGAGAAAUUUGAUGAGCUUGAGGUGAUCGAGGACUGUGAUGAUGUUGUUGGAGGAGGAGGAGGAGGAGGAGGUUUAAAUUUCGAUGCGUAUGAAGACAUUCCUGUUGAGACCAGUGGCUCCGACGUACCUCCUCCGGUGAAUUCUUUUGCAGAAAUCGAUUUGGGAAAGGCUUUGAUUGAUAAUAUCAAGAGGUGUAAGUAUGUGAAGCCCACACCUAUUCAGCGACACUCCAUACCCAUUUCAAUUGCAGGGAGGGACUUGAUGGCUUGCGCUCAAACCGGGUCUGGGAAAACAGCUGCAUUUUGUUUUCCGAUCAUAAGUGGCAUUCUCAGGAACCAAACAAUGUCACCGGUGUCGAAUCGGAUCAAUAUUGCUUACCCUUCUGCUCUCAUACUGUCCCCAACUAGAGAAUUGUCUUGCCAGAUACAUGAUGAGGCCAAGAAGUUCUCUCAUCAAACUGGUGUCAAGGUUGUUGUUGCCUAUGGAGGGGCACCCAUUUCCCAGCAGCUCCGUAAUCUGGAAAGGGGUGUGGACAUAUUAGUUGCCACACCGGGGCGCUUAGUAGAUAUGAUAGAGAGGGCAAGAGUUUCUCUUCGGAUGAUCAAGUAUUUGGCUUUGGAUGAGGCUGAUCGAAUGUUGGAUAUGGGCUUUGAGCCCCAGAUUCGAAGGAUUGUUGAGCAAAUGGAGAUGCCUCCACCAGGUGCAAGACAGACGAUGCUUUUCAGUGCCACAUUUCCAACUGAGAUACAAAGGCUUGCUUCGGACUUUAUGUCAAACUACAUAUUUCUUGCUGUUGGAAGAGUUGGUUCCAGCACUGAUCUAAUUUUUCAAAAAGUUGAAUUUGUCCAAGACAUGGACAAAAGAAAUUAUUUGAUGGAUCUUCUUCAUACCCAAUGUGAUAAUGGAGCCCAUGGAAAGUGUGCCUUGACACUGGUUUUUGUAGAGACAAAGAGAGGGGCUGAUGCUUUAGAGCGCUGGUUGUCCAUGAAUGGUUUUCCUGCCACAGCAAUACAUGGUGACAAAGUGCAAAUGGAGAGAGAACGUGCUUUGAAGUCCUUCAAAAGUGGAUUCACCCCAGUCUUGGUUGCAACAGAUGUUGCUGCACGAGGACUGGACAUCCCACAUGUUGCCCAUGUCAUCAACUUUGACCUGCCAAAAGACAUAGAUGACUAUGUUCAUAGGAUAGGACGAACGGGCCGUGCUGGUAAAUCAGGUCUAGCAACAGCAUUUUUCAGUGAGAAGAAUAUGACCCUUGCAAAGCCACUUGUCGAACUCAUGCAGGAAGCAAAACAAGAAGUUCCACCCUGGCUUGCUCAAUAUGCGGAGACAUCAUCAGCCUAUGGUAGUGGUGGUGGUCGUCGUUAUGGAGGUAGCAAGUUUGGUGGCCGUGACUUUCGAAAUAGUACCCAGUUCAACAGUGGGGAUUAUAAUUAUUCUAGCUCAUAUGCCGAUGCUGUUGCUGUAGCUGAUUCUUAUGUUGCCACGUCUAAUGCGUGUACUUACAAUACUCCUGUCACUACUGAUUAUGCUGCUGCUGGUGUUGUUGACUCUUUUGCUGCUGAUUCACGUGGUUUUGCCUUUGAUCAAGAACCUAUCGUUGCUAGUGGUUGGGAUUAAGUGCAUGCACAUGGUUCUUUUGUUUUUGGCUUUGUCAAUUGCAGUAGAACAGUAUGGUACUAGUACAUGUGGGGUAUAUAAUAGGUUUACUGUUUACCUACAAAAAAUGAUCGUAAAAGGCUAACGACAGGAUGGAACGACAGAUGACAAUUAGGAUCAUAACAACUACAAAAUGCUUCCCAGUUUUGUUGGGCAGACUAUUGAGUUCUGACUUUCCUUGUUCACUUGGUGACAUGACAUUGUUGACUGUAGAUUCUUCUGGGAAAGGAGUAAAUACAGAAGUAUAUGUUUCUGGUUGUUCAUUUUGCUGGGAUUUUACCAUUUUGUAAUGGGGAUUCUUGCUCGAGUACUUUUAUGAAUCGUCACUUAUUAAUACAAGUGGUUGCCAAUCUAAUCACAUUUUUGUUAAUACGUAUUAAUAUUAUAUCAUCUAUGCUUAAAUCUUCCAAUUUUAAUCA